GAGUUGAAAGAGAGGGGUGCAGUUGCCAUUGCGGGGGAUUCUGUCGUAUCAGUCGACUCUGUCACUUUAGCAACGUCCCUAUUUUAUCCCUCCGUGCAAUAAUCUUCGCAGUAGUCAAGUUCGCCUGUGCAACGUGCAUGCCGGGCGCGUGUACGCGGGCACCUACCCCCGAGAUCCGCGUACGCGUAAUAUGGAGUUUUCGCUAUUAUAUUUCGCCCCGUAUCUUGGCAUGCAAGCGUAACGAUAAAGAUGAUAUAUCGCAUCGAUGUCGUCCUGGUGCCACGAUUAUCAAUAAGCAAUUUGCCUUAUGCCCCUAUAAGAUCAAUAAGCAGAUUGCUCGACACGAGCCUGGACCGUAUACGGUGCAACCGAGUACCGCGAUUCGGAUAGAUACCGCGUUUGGUGGCUGUGUUUGUCGUUUUCGCGCAACCAUCGAUUUUCCUACGAUUCGUCCUCACCAUUCCUUGCUACCUUUCUCAAUUUCCUAAAUGUGCAAACUUGGAGAGCCACGAACCAUCGUGGCGUAAAGUGUGUGGCAUAAAGUUGGUGCACCCAAAAGAAGGGUGAAGUGUGCGAAACAGCUGGCCGGGCGGUUGAGCUACGACAGCGUCGUAUUGUUUAGUUUAUCGUUCGUACUCCUACGAACUUAUCGAAACGUUAAAUAAGAUUCGGGUGUUGAACUCGACCUACGCGUUCAAGAUGAUGUUCAGGAGCAAUUUUUCAUAUUCUUCCUAUGCGUGGAACAGAGAUUGACGAUAUGGAUGCAGUAUGGCUUCGGUAUUCUGGCAGGCUUCAGGGAAUAAUUUCAUUUCUUCCGCUUUUAUCUUGUUCUUGCUGCUCUGUCCUCGUAGCAGUACAGAAUGCGAUCAGAAGUUUAUAAGCACACCGGAUGGUGCAUUAAACGGAACUUUUCAUGCACCGACGUUGAUUAAUCCCGAAGGGGAUUCUCGGCAAUGCGUGUACACGUUUUUCGCUGGGCCGAGGCAACGGGUAGAAUUGGUUUUCACCUCGUUCGGUCUUCGAGGUGCGCCACCAGAUGGCGCCGCCGUCGGAGAAAUACCUGCUUGCGUCCACGAAUACAUCGACUUGUACAUGGAAGUUAGAUCCGAGAACACAAGCAAGUUGGUAGAUACGCCUUUCGGAGGACGUUACUGCGGUCCAAUACCACCUCGCAGGCGGAUUUCCCUAUACCAGGGAAUCGCCCUUAGUUUCUACACCGAUAAAAAUAUCACGUUACCCAGCCUCUUUAGCGGUACUUACGCGUUUGUCAAUGCAUCGGAAUACGAAGUAGGAACGCCAGCUCCUAGCACGCCGUGUUCUUUCACGGUAAAUUCGGAAAACAAGCGUAACGGCAACAUAUUGUCUCCCACGUAUCCGGGAACUUAUCCGAAGGGACUGGUGUGUAGCUAUAAGUUUAUCGGGAAAGACAGCCAACGAGUACGCUUGGAGUUUCGAGACUUUGAUUUGUUCUUUGGAGGUCCACACUGUCCGUUGGAUUACGUUAAAGUGUACGAUGGUUUGGACAAUAGCUCCGCUGUUAUUGGAACUUAUUGCGGUCAGCAACGAAACUUGGUAUUAUACUCUUCGGAGUCUAGUUUAUACGUACUCUUUUCUACUCUUCAACGUACAGCAAACACGCAAAAUCGAGGAUUCAAAGGUAUCUUUGAAUUCUCCGAAAGUUUCGUCAAAUUAGACUUCAUAACCGCUUACAAGGGUGAGCAUAUUCGAGGAUCGGAAUGCGACCAAAAAAUUUUGAGCAGAAAGGAGUCCUCUGGAUACGUCGUUAGCCCAAACUUUCCGUAUCCGUACAUACCGAAGGUGGUAUGUCGGUAUUUUGUAUAUGGAAUGCAAGACUCGCAACAUCUCGAGCGCGUUCGAUUAGAAUUCAUAACAUUUAAAAUACCCAAAAAUAAAACAAUAGGAGAUUCGUCGUGUACCGAUGGUUACUUGAAGUUGUAUUUAAAAGGACAAGAGGCGACCGAUUCAUACGAUAAAUUCGAUUAUGAAUUAUGCGGUUUGAAGAGCAAUCCGAGCCACGUAGUUAGCGAUGGUCCGAGACUCGUGAUGGUAUUUAGCAGCGGAGAAUCUCAAGGACAAGGUUUUAAAGCACGGUACAAUUUCGAAACGGAGUACAAGAUACCAGGUACCGCGGCUCCAGACGGUAGCUGCACGUUUACGUACCGCAGUUCCUCGCGUAAAAAGGGAGACUUUAAUUCUCCGCGGCAUCCCAGUAAUUACCCAAGCGACACAAAUUGUACUUACUUUUUUUUAGCAACGCCGAACGAACAAGUUACCUUGAUAUUCGAUUACUUUAAAGUUAGAACGAAAAAUAUAAACAUGACUGUCGGCCACUAUGGGCUGAUUGCCUGCCAAGACGAUUGGUUAGAAAUCUACAAUAUGUAUCGGGACGAUACAGAAAAAUUAAUAGGCAGAUAUUGCGGUAGUACAGCGCCGGGACCUGUAGAGUCGAAUCUCGGUGCACUUGGCUUAAAAGUGAUCCUUCAUUCGGAUUCCGAGCUCGUUUACAGCGGCUUCAAAGCGCGUUACACUUUCGAAGUGGCCAAACCUAUUUUCGGAGAUUGCGGCUCGAAUAUAAGUAGCGUUAAUUACGGAAUCAUUGCCAGUCCAAAUUUUCCGAACAAGUACGACGGUCCUGCAAGAAAUUUUGCUAGCAAAACUUGUAACUGGUUUAUAAGAGUUCGAGCGAACCAUCAAAUACUGUUAAACUUUGAACUAUUUUCAGUAGAGGGUGAUCAGCUAGUUCGUGGCUGUCCAGCUGCGGUGUUACGUAUGUGGUAUUCUGCGUUGACAACGCCGGUCGAGUUGUGCGGCGUGAAGACACCGGACAUUAAAUGGACCUACUUGUCCGAGGAUAAUAACAUGCGCCUUAGCUUUAUCUUGGCCGACAAAGCGGUAGGGCAACAAGGGUUCAGAGCUACGUGGACCGAAGUCAGUACAAAUGGCAGCUGCCAGGAUCAGUUUUUGUGCAGCAUAAGUAAAUACUGCAUUGCCGAAUCACUUCGGUGUAAUAACAUUUAUAAUUGUGGCCCGGCUGAUACUUCGGACGAGGAAAACUGUGGUACAGUUGUACAGACGUAUAAUUAUGCUGUUCCUGCGAGUUAUGCCGUUGGUACGGUUUUGGUAGCAGUGAUCGUUUGCCUGUUUUAUCAUCGAAAAUUAAAGAAACGAGUUCAGGCUGACCAUCUCGAUCAACUACGGCAGCGAAUGGAUGAAAAGAAUCACCGUUAUCAUAACGAGAAUUUACUACAACAUCAUUUAAUUCAACAGCAUAAUCAUCAGUAUCAUAGUCAUUAUCAUCAGCAUCAUCAUCACAACCAUAAUCAGCAGCACCAGCAGCAACAGCACUAUCAAGACUCAACGAAUAAUUUCGAUAUAAGAUAUCAACUGGAAUCAUCGGUUAGUCUUGCGAGCGAAAGCGAAGCCGAAGAAGCUAGCAGUCUCAACAGCGUGUGACAUUGCGUGACAUUUUGUUCAAACUUAACGACCAUCGAUCAUCGAUCAGUUUCUUCCGUUCGCGUUCUAUCAUUCUUCAAUGAACAAUUGUAGCUCGAUCGGCCGACAAAUUUUCUUUACCUAGUUCAUUGCAUCGAAGCCGUCUUCGGUUUACUUCGACUUGUGCCGACUUACUUCGAUUUUGGACGAAAACGAAAUUCAUCGUUGUGGUUCAUAGAGAAACAUGUGUUCCAAUAAUAUAAACUGUACGGAUUCUAUCAAACUAUUCGUACGUGAUCGAAUGUACGAAAAACAAUUUUCAUUUUGUAAAACGUACAUACGUUAAACACAACUGGCAUUCUAGCCAAGUCCUAAGGUUUUUAACAAAGUUGAUGUGCGGCGCGUUUAACGAACUCUGUUUUUUUCUGUAAAUUCGUGUGCACUAGGGAUGUGCGGGUACCCGAUAAUACGGAUCCACCCGAUACAUGCGUGCAAUCGGGUAGCCCGACUAUUUCGGAUCAGGUCGGAUAAAGUCGGACAUAUUCGGACGAGCUCCCGCGGUCCGCGACCCAAUUCUGAUGUAUUUGUUAAUGUUUGGAAUAAGCAUGUUCAAAAUCUAUUUUGUAUAGAAUGAACAUACAGGUGACAUGGAAUGAAAUUCAUUUCAAAUAAAUUCGUUACAAGCAUCAUAUUUCCUCAUAAAGAUUAUCUUAUUUCAAAAUUCCACAUAAAACAGAUUUUGCACAUGCUUAUUAUAAGUAUUAACAAGUACAUAAGAAUUAGGCCGCGGCCCGCGGUAGCUCGUCCGAAUCUGUCCGACUUUAUCCGACCUGACCCGAAACAGUCGGACACCCGCCCGAGCCCGCCCGAUGUUUUCCGAAGCGACCCGAAUAGUUGGAAACCCGACAUAUUAGUCGGCCCGCACGUCACUAGUGUGCAGGCGUCUAUUAUGUAUACCGCAGGUCACCAGAGUCCAUAACUGCGAAAAGACCAGUUUUCGUUCUUCGCGCAUCUCUAGUACGCAUC